CCUCCCACGACAAUUAUCACACCGCGUAAUCUACAGUUCUAUUCUCCUUCGCCCUUGUAGACCUCGGAGUUUCCAUACUACAAUGUCUCUCUCCCUCGCGAAGGUCGUCAAGACUGAACCUCUGCCAGAGGCAGAAGCGGCUUGGACGAAGCUUGUAAAGUCUACCUACACAGACCCAAAGGGCAGGAGUCGGACAUGGGAGCACGCGGAACGGAGGACGCGACCUAAGGGGUCUGAUAUUGACGGCGUGGGAAUCCUUGCUAUCCUCGAAAAGUCGACAGGACCGGAGAUCUUGCUCCAGAAGCAGUUCAGGCCGCCCCUGGAUAAGGUUGUCAUUGAGGUUCCAGCAGGCCUGGUUGAUGCGGGUGAGACGGCGGAGGAAGCUGCAGUGCGGGAGCUGAAGGAGGAGACGGGAUAUGUCGGAACUGUGUCGGAGACCUCGCCUGUGAUGUUCAAUGAUCCCGGUUUCUGCAACACAAACCUGCGCAUGGUCCACGUUGUGGUGGACCUCUCGCUGCCUGAGAACCAGCCUGACGGGCUUAAACCGGAGCUGGAGGAGAAUGAGUUCAUUGAGACGUUUUCUGUUCCACUGGCGACGUUUUGGGCGGAGUGUAAAAGGUUGGAAGCAGAGGGGUAUGCGAUUGAUGCGCGUGUUGGGACGCUAGCUGAGGGGAUCGAGGUGGCCAAGAGGUGGAAGCUAUGACAGGGGAAUUGCCUAGGCUGCCAACCCCGGUCAUCUAGCACCAAGGGGGCCUCGCGUUCUAGAUCAUUGAGGUUAUAUCACGCCAUCUUCUCAUUUAGAUUACUGUGAAAAGAUAGAAUAUAGGCUUUGAUAACACG